UUUAGGCCCUCUAUCGGUGAUUGCAUGAUAAUAAAAAUGGCAGCCUCCAUGCGAGUCAUGUUUCAGCACAAUAUCAACAAGUUUUUGCUUACUCCCGCAUCAUGGAGACCAGUUGCAAGGACACUGAAUGUAUCUUAUGCCCACAGUAGCAAGGCAGAUGAAGAUUCGUCUAUCGACAAAAAUCCCUUCUACGAGAAAUACGCAGACAAGUUAAAGAAAUUGCAGAGUUCUAACCCUGAGGAAUACCAAAGACGUCUUCAUUUGAUGAGAGAAUCUGUAAAGAAAAAGGAAGAUGUCACUCAAGAGCAAACUCCCACACUAUCAGAUCAGCCAAGGCCGAAGUUAAUGUCUGGAACCAGUGGAGAAGAGAAGGGAUUGGACUCUGUGGUCAAGGUAGAUCUACUAAGAAAACAUUCUGCAGAAGAAAUAACAGAGAUAUGGAAAGGCUUCCACCGUGAAAAGGAUUUCAUUUGCGCAGUCAUACCUAAAGAAACCUAUGCUAAAAUACAGCAGAAGGCAAAAGAGUUUCCUAUGUUCCUGUAUCCACUACCUAGGGAUGAAGGGUACGAGUUCUUCUUUGCCCAAUUCUUCAUUGACAGCUGUUACUUCACCUCGGUCAUUAAUUAUCAGGCGUACCAAGAAAAUGCUCCAGCACUUCUGACUCUCACUCACUACACCGAGCUACAAGAAGAAAAAGGAAUUGUACUGAUGAGGGGAGAGUUGGACACAAAAUAUUUGACCGUUCAGCAAGCCCAGUUCUUUGCCAAUGAAGUCCAGCUCUACUAUGCUUCAGAUGACGCAGACAGAUUGCGGUUGCUAAGGGAUUUCAACAAGAGACCAGCCGAUUUUAAGCAUGCGGACCUGAUAGAUCAGCUAUCAAACACAACCGUCAACUUGAGCUAACCAACUUUAAUCAAGACAAUUGAGAGAUUUUUGGAUGAAAAGUAUUCCAAAGACAAAAAGGCAACUUGUAAUGGUGAUAACAAUCUUCAAGUAUUUCAACGAUGACAUAUUUUUAGUUUGAUGCAGAUGGAAUGUGUUUUCUAAGGAACUACAUUGUACAGAAAGAGAAAUUAACUGAUUUCAAACAUAUGAUCCUGAUAGAUCAGCUCUCCAAAACGUGAGUCGACCUGAGUUUGCCAGACUCGUUGAACAACAAAGAGAUGUUCUGUUGCACCGACAAGGUUUUAAGACAGAAGAAGAUGACCUUCAUUGUGAGAUGUGAUGUAUAAUGGAUGUCCAAAACAAAAGAUUUCAACCAGAGACCAGGGACCCGUUUCACAAAGCCUUUUUUCAAUGACAAAUGACAGAUAACCACUCAGAAGCAAGGAUUUCAGUAGCUUACACCAACAAGAGGGCAUAGUCUCAAGCUUGCAAAGCCGAGGUGUAGGACAAAUGUAAGGAAGAACACAUUUAGUCACAGAGUGAUUGACGACUGGAACUCUCUGCCUGAAGUAGCAGUUCAGGCUCCCACCAUAGAUGCCUUCAAAACCAGGCUUGAUCAUUGCUGGAAGGAACAGUGUCAUAUCUCUCAAUACUCGAACUGAUUUCUUUAAUUUCUUAAUUUUCUUUCCUCCUGGGACAAGAUGCAACCUCUUGCCCCUCUGCCUCCCUUGUAUAUACCGGUAGUGAGAAUUAUCAUUAAAGAGAACGAGUACAAGAAGAUAGACCUGGAAGCUUGACUGCUGUCUCAGCAUUCUUCCAGUAUUUGCGGUAACGUAAAGGUAAAGUAAAGACUGUCAUUUGUCACUCGGAUGACAAGUUUUGUGAAACGGGACCCAGACAAGUAGAAGCAUGUGAAUAUGAUGGGUUAGCUUUCCAAAACAGUGGUCAAUCUGGGUUAUCCAGACUUGUCUGACAAUGAUGGGAUGCUUUGCUGCAUUGAAAUGGCCUCAGGACAGAAAAAGGAAGGUAUGUUGAGAGGAUGGCAGAUGUUCGACUUGAACAGUAAGUUUUACUGAGCUGGUCGACACUGGAUGAUCAGUGUUUAUGAUGCUGGUUUUGUUCAAACACUCAUGUCUUACACUCUGUGAUGCUCCUAGUGAUCCAUCGUCAUUACCCAAUUCAUAGCCGAGCAGCCAGAUAAGUUGCGCUCUUGCAUAUCUGGUGCCCAUGUACACUUGGAUGCAGAGUGGCAAAUAUGGAUUAAUGUCUUGCCAAAGCUCUAAUCAACCCUUUGAUUAAAGGUCAAGAGAAUAUACCACUCUACCGUGACACCUCCUCAAGAUGUGUUUUGAACAAGACUGUCCCUCAGAUAGGAUGUUAAAUGGAGGCCCCAUGAACAGGAGUGCAGCCAACUAUGCAUGUGAAGCAGGGUUUUUUCAUCCCCUUUCUCUCUCCAUUUCCCUCAGCCUCACUCUCUGUCCCCCUCCCCUUACUCUCUGUCCCCUCCCCCUCAUUCCC